AUGUCGUCUUCCAAAGCAGCGAAUGCUGCAAGUAGCCACCAGGAGCAGAAAGAGCAGAAGGUUCUUGAUGUCAUGUUUCUCUGUGACGAAUGGAAAUAUUCGAAGGGUGGAUUAUCAACUUUCAAUCGAGAAUUUGCCGUUAAUUUGGCACAAGCGACGAUUGGUGGCAUGAAAAUCCACUGCUAUGUCUCUAAUAGCGAUGAUCGGGAUAGAGAAGAUGCUAAACAACAUGGUGUCAAUUUAAUCACAGCUCGAAGUGUUCCUGGUUCAGCGGACCCCCUCGAGUGCUUGAAGUUUCCACCCUCGCAGCUCCCAAACCCACAUCUGGUGAUAGGCCAUGGAAGAAAGCUGGGUAUUCCUGCAUAUUUCCUAGCCCAGUCUACAAAGUGUAAAUGGGUCCAAUUUGUUCACGUCUACUGCGAGGAUCUUGGGAAAUAUAAAGAAUCUGCCACGGCUGCAGAAGAUACAAUCGAAGAGAACGAGAGGAAGCACAAGUUGGAAAUUGAGUUGUGUAAAGCAGCGGAUGCAGUUGUUGCCGUUGGCUCCCGUCUACAACAGAAGUACAGCAGACGUCUCCUUAAUGUUGAAGUGAAGAUUAUCACUCCUGGGAUCUUUGGAAAGUUUUCCAAUGAAUCAAAAUUGGCUGUAGACAGAUCGGUGGUAAAGAAUUUUAAUGUGUCUUUGUUUGGCCGAGCUGCCUUUGAGGAUCUUUCCCCGAAAGGCUAUGAUGUAGUUGCAAAUGCCAUUGGUUCUCUUGGUGAGAACUUUGAGUUGACAUUUGUCGGCUCAUCUCCUGGUGAACAACGAAAAGUUGAGCAAUGGUUUCUUGACAACACGAGCAUCAACCGCAAUCAACUAACCAUCCGUCGAUAUUGCAGUGAACAAGAGGAACUCAAGGUGAUGUUCUAUCAGUCAGAUUUGGUUGCUCUGCCAUCCCGUACCGAAGGAUUUGGGCUUGUUGCCCUCGAGGCCAUUUCUGCUGGUGUUCCUGUACUCGUCUCUGGUGAAUCUGGCAUAGCUGAGGCUUUGCAAAAAGUAGAAGGUGGAAACACUGUCAUUGUUGGAUCAGAUGAAGAUGAAGAUGAAUGGGCGCGAAGGAUCAGAGAGAUAUAUGAAGAAAGCGCAGAGGAGAGAGAAGCCAAUGCUGUGAAGCUUCGCGAGAACUACAGGAAGGUUUACUCUUGGAAAGCAGAAUGUGAGAGGUUUAAAGGGCUGAUUGAAAAUGUUGUGAAAACUACAUAUGGUAGUGAGUUGAAUGUCAAGGUUGCAGUGGAUGCCUUCAUAUCUGAAGAACAGAAUAUGCAGACUGGCAUGUUGGCAACAGAAUCUGUCAGAUGUCGAGAGGUUCAGCAGUCUGGGGCAUCUGCUACAUCAGCUGCAUCUGGAAGUGUGUCCUAUCCACAGACAGAAGAUUUCAAGGCUAGUAAAGAGAGAGACUUUCAAUUAAUUUUUCAUGAUUGUUACCACAGCACAAAGCCACAGUCCAUUGAAGAGUGCAAUCAGUUUUUGGAAUAUGCAAAGGCAAUGAAGGUCGUCAUUGUUGGUGUCUCUGAAGGAAGUUUGGAGAUAACAGUGAAGUGUGUAUCUCUAAUGAUCUUGGAGGCGUUUUGGGCAGAGUACUCGUCUGGUCAUCUUGGUGAAGUGGUUCAGAAUUGUUUUGUAACUGAGAAGAUCUUGAAGGAACUGAACCUGGCUGAGCUGAGGCUGAAGACAACAAUGGACAUAGAAGAGUACAAUGCGUGCAAAAUGUUCUUUGAGAAAGAUGCACUCAGAGGUGCUUUAUCCUCUGAAUUCCACUCCACAAGUUCAACCAGUGAAAGUCCACAAAAAAAAGAACAAUGGGAAAAAAGUGAACAGAAGACAACGAUUGUUGAGACAGAGAAACUGAAAGGUACUUCACCCCCAUCUUAUAUGUUCACUACUGGCCGUGAAAAAGAACAAGAAGAACUACCUAAAGCUAUGAGACUUCAGGAAAGAAAAGCUUCUUUCAUGUUAACACCAGAGUCAGCAGGAUUCCAAAAGGAUCCACACCAGAAGGCUUCUGUUGCAUCUGCUACUGUGGGAAGCUUAGUUCAUACGGGAACUAAAGAUUUCCAAACCAUGGAAGACAAAAUCCUAUCCUUAAUACAAAGCAACUACCUCCAAACCACACUACAACAGUCUGCAGAAGAUCGCAAUGAGUUUCAGGAAUACUUGGAAAAGCUUGCAACAGGUGUUCCAGUUGAAGGUACUUCACCCCCAUCUGACAUGUUCACCACUGGUCGUGAAAAAGAACAAAAAGAACUACCUAAAGCUAUGAGACUUCAGGAAAGAAAAGAGUUUUCUACAAGGAAUAACAAGAUCAGUGUUAGUAAAAGCGAGAUUACCGAAGAAGGAGGGGCACUAAUGGUCCAAAACGUCCCAUCGCGUGUAAUGAUCCCUCCUAAAGCUCUGCCAACAUGUACCGAGGUCACAUGUUCUUUAUGGAAUCAGCAGAUUCUAUCACCACCCCUUGGAAGAAAUGAGGCCUUAGUGAGCAGUGUGAUGGAACUAGCCUGUGGAAACCUUCCUGGUACAGAGGAACGUUACGAGUUCAAUGUGAAAGUGAAGGUGGCUUUAUCCCACAGUGCUAGUGACAUUAAAGGAUACGAAUUGGUGAUCAAAGAAUUGAUCAAUGAGAAGACCAAUGAUUGGAGGGACUUGAAAACCAGAUGGGCUUGGACGCCAUCAGAUAUCAAAGAUGAGCAUUCUGGCGUGGAUGAAUUCCCAGACUGGUUAUUUCCGUUUGCAGAGGCAGAAAUUACGAGUUUUUCUUCAUUUGCGGUGGUCUGGCGUCUCAAGUCUUUCACGUUUAAAAACCCUUCGACUAUGUCAUCUUCCUGUCCUUGCAUUCUGUCAGACCAUCCAGGAGUGAGUGUAACAUUCCCUGAGAGUUCUCUCCCAACAGGGCAAACCUUUGCUCUUACUGCACAGGUGCAAGAGGUUCCAUGCAGUAAUGCUAAACUGAAAGAACCACUAGUUGUUGGACCUAUCCUUCACAUCUCAACUUCUGAACCAGUUCAGCUUUUAGCACCUGCUAGGCUCACAAUCCCUGUUACGCUCCGGGAAGACAUACCCAAAUGUCUGGAUUAUUUGGCCACUGACGUCAGGAUAUUUUGCCGAACCUCUGAAGAGGAUGAAAGAGAAUGGAAUGAAGUCACAGAGCAGUUAGAAAAUAUAGCGGUUCUUGAAAAUGGGACAGUGACGUUUACAGUAAAUCACUUCUCAUCGUACUGGGUUUGGAUUGACCGAUUGAAAUUACCCUUUGUCACCCUAAAGAAUGCUGCCUAUGACUUCUGUAGAAGACUGAUGUUACAAGAAGUAGGAUUUUUUGCUCGUUUAUAUGCAACAGGAAAUCCCACGAUCUACGUGCUGAUUCUUUACUGCUUCCCACUCCAUCUUAGAGAACAAGUGCAAACUCCUCUAUCUCCAGAUCUUCGCCGCCUUUGUGCUCAAGGGGGAGGAAACUCGCUGAAGCCACUGUGUAAAGAAGAUUGGAUGUCUGUGUCUCUUUCCGAAGCAUUUACUUUGAUGCAAGAAGUAAAUCUAGACAACUUCUUGAAGUUUCUCGGAACUGAUCAUUUUGUACGAAGUUUGCGUGUAUCCAUUAGCGACCUUAGUAACCUGCAAGUAGAGUUGUACAUGGAGAAGCAAUCUCAUAGGGACAAAUUAUGCACGCUGAAUUUUACUCCGACCCUUCCAGAUCAGACCUCUUCUCCUAGGAACUUGCCUUCUACAGCACAGGUAGUCAUGCCUGAGCAAGAGGAAGAUCAGAACUUCAGAACAUCGACAAUAAACCUACGAAGACACCGUGAGAAGUAAACACUAUGGUGAUUCAACUCAGGAUUUUUUACUACUGAAGAAACUUGACAAUUAAAGUCUUUUUAAAAUUUUUUAUUUCAUUGUAUUGCCCAGGAAAACAUUUACCCAAAUUAGGCUUUGUAAGAUCACCAGAUUAGAUGUACAUAUUUUAGUUUUUAUAUAAAUUUAUCAGUAGUUGUUAAAAGACAAAAUUGGCAUCUAAAAAGAAUUUUCCUUACAGGUGUUUUUUGACUUAUUUCAACGUGGAAAAUGAAUGGAAAUAAUAUAUUAGCACAAGCCAUUCAGUAAAAAUUAUAAUAAGCCAGUCAAUCGUUUCCUAUUCAGUCUUUUGGCGGUCUCAUCUUACAGGUAUAAUUUAGCACGCUCGACAUCUCUUUUUCUUAGAGGUGUCUUAAGGUGUAAACAUGUAGCACUUUUCAUCUUCCGCACUGAAUUUAUAAUCAAGUAAUUUAUACGAAUAGCACGUUGCUUUUUUGGGGCCGGUACCUUGGGUACGCCCUUUCUUCUCCGAAUUUUCUGUUUAUUCUGUCGUUAUGUAACAGUCCUCAAGGGCUAUGUUCUCUCAGGAUAAAUCUCCAACUUUGAUUUUACUUCUGUUAGUAAGUUUAUUAUAAUUUUUAUAUUACCAAUCUUGUUUUUCUUUCGCCCGACCUUGACCGUAAGAUUAAGAAAUUUAAGGUAGAAAGUAAUUUUUUAAAGCACAGGCAUCGCGAAGGUACCUACUUAGUAUGCGAACUCCGCUCUGCAUAGCUUAGCGAGAUUCGCUAGUUAAGUGUAAAAGCAUGACGAAGGUUAGAAAUCGACAGCUCAGUAAGCGUCACCUUUAUAAGCAGUGACCCAUACUUUCCUUGUUAGAUCAGAGCUAGUCUCCGUUGUAUUAUCUUGCGUAGAAAAAGAGUGAAUAAAGAAACGGACAACCGACAUGUGUUAGAGUUCUCUUCUAACAUAGUGCAGUACUGAAGUCAAUGGUUUCACUCAGAGACCCGAACCAACAGUUCAGAAGAAAGUAUGUUACUCAUAAACAUUAAAUGGAAAUUGUAUUUGUUUUUAUUUCCCGUCUUUUUUUGACGAUAAAGCUGUGCAACUUUAUCGUAUUUGAGCUAAAAAGUUCUUCUUCACGGAAACGAACUAUUCUUUGUACGUGGGGAUACGUCACAUCUGUGUGGAGAAUUGUGACUCAGAGACGCGAAGAUGUGGUAUAAUGUUCGAGUGGUGGAGCAAUUUUCAGAUAAGUGUCCAGAGUUAUCCGGGAGUUAUCGGUCAAAGUGCGCUGUGAUUGGCUUAGACAACUCACGGCAACUAAUUUCAACCAAUAAGAUGCAAACCAAAAACCAUCGUUACUUAGUCACUGAUGUUUUCUGUCAGGAAGUUUUCCUUCGGGUUGUUUGUGUGUUUUUUAUUUUUAUCUUUUUUAACUUGGAGUUUACGACGGUUUCUUGGGAUAUCUUUUUUCUGCUUUAAUCGACGGUUGUGAUUAGACACCCAAUCCUUAGUUAUAUAUAUGUCGUUUUCCAGACCAACGCACCAUAGCUGACACUCUAGCGGUAUUUCGGACAACAUCUACAGGGAUACGCCUCACCAGCCGGGAAAAAGCGCGAUCCUCAACAGUAUGAGACAGUUGUGAAAGAUCUAUCACAACGUACAGACGUGUAUAACAAAAAUAAGACAUGCAUUCUGUCAUUCCGUUGGAAAAUAUAAUCUUUCAAAUAAAU